AUGUUCUUCAUAACAGAUAUAUCUCACACUGUUCAUCUAUCUACACUGUUCAUCUAUAUCUAUCUAUCUAUCUAUCUAUCUAUGUUCAUAUCUAACUCUAACUAUCUACCAGAUAUAUCUAUCCAUCUAUCUAUCUAUCUAUCUAUCUAUCUAUCUAUCUAUCUAUCUAUCUAUCUAUCUAUCUAUCUAUCUAUGUUCUAUCUAACUCUCUUCAUAAUAGAUCUCUUAUCUAAUAUAUCACACUGUUCAUCUAUCUAUCUAUCUAUCUAUCUAUCUAUCUAUCUAUCUAUCUAUCUAUGUUCAUAUCUAACUCUCUUCAUAACAGAUAUAUCUACCUCACACUGUUCAUCUAUCUAUCUAUCUAUCUAUCUAUCUAUCUAUCUAUCUAUGUUCAUAUCUAACUCUCUUCAUAACAGAUAUAUCUACCUCACACUGUUCAUCUAUCUAUCUAUCUAUCUAUCUAUCUAUCUAUCUAUCUAUCUAUCUAUGUUCAUAUCUAACUCUCAGAUAUAUUCCUGUUCAACAGAUAUAUCUAUCUAUCUAUCUAUCUAUCUAUGUUCAUCUAUCUAUCUAUGUUCAUAUCUAUCUACAACAGAUAUAUCUACCUCACACUGUUCAUCUAUCUAUCUAUUCUAUAUCUAUUCUAUCUAUCUAUCUAUAUCUAUCUAUCUAAUAUUAUUCUGUUCAUCUAUCUAUCUCUAUCUAUCUAUCUAUCUAUCUAUCUAUAUCUAUCUAAUAUUAUUCUGGAUACAAACCAAAAUUGAGUUUCAUUACAUUUCCUUGCCCGAUCGUCCAUUCGCCAAUCUCUUCAAUUCCUUCACCUCUACAUCGAUGCGAAAUUCUUUCUUCUUCAAACUUUUUAACUCUCGUUACUUGUUCUUCUGA